ACCCUCCAGCAGGAGGUGUGGCGCCGCUCGCCAGUCUUCUCCUUCCCACGCUACGCCUACUUUCAGUACGCCGAGAUCUCUGCAGCAUAUGCUUCAUUCCGCAAGCAGCAUGCCUGCGAGCCCACCCUCGCUGACCUCUCAGCUGCUACCAGCCUCUCGCCCCAACGGAUCCCUGGCAGGUGGGUCUGAGAGUGUUAAUGAGAACAGGGAUGAGAAUAGGGAUGAGAAGAGGGAUGAGAAGAGGGAUGAGAACAGGGAUGAGAAGAGGGAUGAGAACAGGGAUGAGAAGAGGGAUGAGAAGAGGGAUGAGAACAGGGAUGAGAACAGGGAUGAGAACAGGGAUGAGAACAGGGAUGAGAACAGGGAUGAGAACAGGGAUGAGAAUAGGGAUGAGAAUAGGGAUGAGAACAGGGAUGAGAACAGGGAUGAGAACAGGGAUGAUGCUUGGGAUUAUGGGAGCACGCAGGUAGCACAUGAUGCAACCCCACUCACUCCUCCUCCCUCCCCGCCAGCACACACACUGAGACAUUCUCCGCAGACAAAGCGGACCCCUGGCAGGGAUGAGACUUGUGAUUAUGGGAGCACGCAGGUAGCACAUGAUGCAACCCCACUCACUCCUCCUCCCUCCCCGCCCGCACACACACUGAGACAUUCUCCCGCAGGCAAAACGGACAAAGCGGACCCCUGGCAGCAUCUACUGGACUCUGCUUUUGAGUCGACUCAAAAGCAACCCCCCCUCCUUCUACUCCUCCCGUUAUUCUCCUCCUGUUCUUCCCCGCCCAACAGCAUCUACUGGACUCGGAGCACCUGGUCCUCCUCUCACAUGCUCUCUCCUCCCUCGACCCGCACCGCCGCCUCAUUCUGGAGCUUCGGUUUGGCCUUAGGGGAUCUCGCCAAGUAUCACAAGAGGAGAUUGCUGCAGCAUUGGGGAUGA